UUUAUAUUAGCAAUACGACACCUCGGGGGUUUGUGGUAUAUUGCCAAUAUACCACGGCAAAGGGCUGUAUCCAAGCACUCCGCAAGAAUAGUCCUUAGCCGUGGUAUAAUGGCCAUGCAUCGCGUCCCCUGGCGUCUUGGAGGACGUGUGUUUUGGGAGGGUUGAAAGCUGAAAACGUUCAUGCAGGAGCUCGAUGAUGUCAUCUGCGAACUCACUCCCCCAAGUCAGAGGCACCGAUUUGUUGUCUUCGUUUCAUUUCCCACCUGAAGUUUCUCCAAUGCGUCUCGGACCGCAGCACAAACCGAGAAAGUCAGAUAACUAAACUUUGCUGUCUAAACGACGUGGGAUUUAAGGGAUUUAGCGACUGGACAUAGACCCGAACAGCCCCUUUUCUGUGGGCGAGCGCGUGAACUUUUACUGGAACCGCAAAAAUGAAUCGGAGUUUUAAUAAAUCCCAAUCUUCCCUGCAAUAUUUUGAUUGCAUCGCGGUUGAAGUGAAAAGCAAGUACGGAGCAGAGUUCCGGCGGUUCUCCGUGGACCGGUUCAAACCGGGGAAGUUCGAGGACUUCUAUAAGCUCGUCAUGCACGUUCACCGCAUCGCCAACAUGGAGGUCAUGAUUGGCUACGCUGACAUCCACGGAGACCUGCUGCCAAUCAACAACGACGACAACUUCUGCAAGGCGGUGUCCACGGCCCACCCACUGCUCCGGGUCUUCAUACAGAGACAAGAGGAGGUCGACUACAGCAGCUAUGGGACUCACUCUCUGACACGAAAGAAGAAGGCUGUGGUGGCGCUGCGGAAUGACGUCAACAGGAAGCGACCUCACAUCCGUAUUGGCAUGCCGCAGGACUUCCGGCCAGUCUCCUCCAUCAUCGAUGUGGACAUCUUGCCAGAGUCCCACCGCCGCGUUCGCCUCUACCGCCAUGGUUCUGACAAACCCCUGGGGUUCUACAUCCGGGAUGGGACAAGCGUACGAGUGACGCCCCAUGGCCUGGAGAAGGUGCCUGGGAUUUUUAUCUCCCGCAUGGUGCCUGGGGGCCUGGCUGAGAGCACUGGCCUGCUGGCCGUCAAUGACGAGGUCCUGGAGGUCAAUGGCAUUGAGGUGACUGGGAAGACGCUAGACCAGGUAACGGACAUGAUGAUCGCCAACAGUCACAACCUGAUUGUCACAGUGAAGCCGGUGAACCAGCGGAACAAUGUGGUGCGAGCCAGCCGGAUAUCCGGCAGCUCCGGUCAGUCGUCAGACAGCAGCGGUUCCACUGGCUACCCCAGCCUGUCCACCGCAGCAAUGGCGACCGGUGCCCAUGGCUACCCCGACGAGCUGGAAAGCGAUGAGGAGUCAGACAUCGUUAUUGAGAGCACCCUCAAGCGGCCGUCGAGGCGCUCCAGCGCAUCAAUGGUGUCCGUGGCUUCAAGAACGUCACGCUCCCAUACCCAAGCCCCUCCCCAGGCCCCCGUGGAACCCACCAACCCCCCAAUCCGACCCCUCUCUGUGGUUUCCACCACCUCCUCCCACUCCCAGCCCAGCCUCAAUGGCCUUUCUCACCACGGCAGCCUCAGCUACAUGCUGCACAGGGACCUGAACCUCCAGCAGCCCCAGUUACAGAACCCGCAGCAUCACCAAACCCAGCACCACAGCAGCAACCCAGCCCUCCGGGAGAGCAACAGCAGCCUGCACAAAAUCCUCAGCACCAUGAGGACGGACCCUCGACAUAGCCUGGCUCUGCCCCGGGGAGGGGUGGAAGAGGAUGGCACCGUCAUCACCCUAUAAUACACACACACCUACACUAAUAAUACACACAUACACACACACAUUGGACGUGAGCUGGAGCAUCCCCUGCCCGGUAUACCCACCAUGAGAAUGAACGUUGUUCCUCAAACCUCCUACUAAUUUUGUUACAUUUUUUAUAAAACAAAUAAGGACAGUUUAUUCUGUAUUGUUUGAGUUUUAAGGUUUUCAAUGUCUUGUAAAUGAGCAUUUUAGGCCACUAAUGUGUAGGCCUGAUGGGGUUCACCUGCUAUCCUUUAGUAGCCACUUUUAAUCUGAACCUCUAUCUCCUUUUUGGGACCAACUUUGAGCUUUUGUUUUUAAGAAAAAUUCAAUGUUUCUGUACAAUGCUGCCUGUCUACUGAUUCUCUAUAUCUGUAUUUUACAUGUGGAUUCACAGGUGAUUUAUAUUCUCCAAUAAAUUAUUCUAAGCUUUAAUAAGGAGAAGUGUUGGAUCAUCACAUGUACUAAAACUCUUACUUCCCUUACCAGCAGUCAUUUAUACCUGGUACAUUUUGAACUGCUAUCAAGCAAUACUUCCUACACUGAACAUAGUCUAUAUCCUGUUUCGUCUUCUCCACUGGUUGUCUGUUUUUGGAGCUCCAGGAAUGCAACAUGCUCUCUGGAAAAAAGCCACUAUCUGACUAGCACCCCUCUCACUUCACCGCUAAUGAAUCCUUAUCUUUACUGUUUACUCACCUGCUUAGCUGUGAACCCUGUUAGUUACAGCAGGCAGGGGGAUGUGAACCCUGUUACAGAAGACAGGGGGAUGUGAACCCUGUUACAGCAGGCAGGACUGCUAAAAGGUGAAGGUGAUAACACCUGAAUCUGCAUCUGCUUAACCUCACUCAUUCACUUUCCUACACUGUGUUGGGCACACACAUUGAGACCCAUGUAUGGAUCCAGUGGAACUUUGGUUAACAAGCGUCAUCUAUCCAUCCAUGGUAUGGUUAACUUUCAUAGAGUACAUGGAUUCUGUGGGACACUAAGCCAUCAUCCAUAGGUGGUUUGAUUUUUGUAUGGGAUUCUUCUCACCAUUAUUCACAUUGUAGUUCAAGGCUUUUAAGCUGUCAAGGUUUGCAAAGUAUUAUUUUUUAAAGUCUUAUUGUUGUUUCAACGCUUUAAAUCUCCAGGAUUAACAUAGGGUGAUAAUCCAAUUUUGGUUCACAAAUAUGUCAUUUGUGUUGCUCUUUCCUUUUCCUCUCCCCAUAGGCUGCUUUGGUUACCUUGACACUGUUCUUAUGACCAUAGUGCGGUUAUUCCAUGCAUAUCUUUACUGUGCACAGUCAGUUCAACCCUGUUGAGUAGUGCUAUAAUGUGUUGGUCACUUCCCCCUUCUGGUAGUACCCUGUACCAUCGAUUGUGUGAGCCAACAUAUUCACGCCUAGGAAAUAUUACAGGUUUUAUAUUUAUUACAGAAACAUCUAGAUUUUUCUGGAAUAAUGUCUAUUGUUUUACUGUCUUUUUAAUGUACAUACGGAUUUUAUAAUAGAUUUUUACAAGGGAAAAAGAAUGACAUAAGAACAAAUAAUUCCAUGAGGUGUUAUGGUACGAGGAUGAUUAUGAUGGGGAAUAUUUCAGCAUAUCAUGUAAACUGGACUGUUUUUAUUCUAUGGGAUGAUGAUGAUGCUGUACAGACAUUGCUAUACAUUCUCCACACUUAUUGGAGAAAAGGUUUGUAAAACACUUUGUGCCUUUUUAAUUCAUUUUAGUCCAGAUAUGUACUGAGCACUCAAAUGUAAACAACAAUUGAAUGGAUAUUAGGGCUUGAUCUGUAAUUGCUCAAUCAAUAUUUAGUAGGCCUAGAUGCUCUUUCAACAUAGUAAACCGUAAGUAUCACUUCAACUAAUUUCCACAGUUGAAAUUCAAACCCUUAAUGCAAUUAAUUUGAAUUGUAUUGUGAAUAUUGUGUUUAUAUUUUCUUACUGUUUUGUACGUUUUGGGAGAUACAUUUUGAAAUAAAGGUUUAAAAUGCA